AUGACAGAACCAGUCGGUGAGUCACCAGUAGGAAGCGACUGUGAUGAUGAUGACGAUGAUGAUCCCGUGCAUGCCAGUGAUGACGAAAACAGUGUAUUGGUUACUGGAUCCAUACCACGUAAAAAGAAAACACGUACAGUAUUUAGCCGUCAGCAAGUAUCGCAGCUGGAAAUGACUUUUGAUAUGAAGCGUUACCUUUCCAGUCAGGAGCGAGCACAUCUGGCAUCAACACUUCGUCUCAGCGAAACGCAGGUCACAAAAUGCUUUUCGGUUUCACUUAAACAUUAA